UGGAAGGGGAAGCCUGGCCUGGUCUGCUCUUCUUUCUCAAGAGAAUACUUUCUCGCCGGCGACCGCGGUUGCUUUUGAAUUCAUCGCAAAGCGAGAGACAGAGGGAGCGACGGGAACAGAUCGAUCUCGUUCCGGAAGAUCCGGCGGCGGAAACGGCGACGAGAGAACUUGCUUAGGAACAGGGGGGGGGGAGAGAAUGGAAUUGGAGUAACUCGGUGCGGUAUCCCGCUAAACCGCGCAUUCGGGAAACCGUAUGUUGGCACGCGAUUGGUUAGGAGGCCGGCGAAGCGAGAGGCACAGGCAAUCGCAGAUCCCCCGGCAAUCGAGCGAUGAGUAGUUACAAGGCGCUUCUCCGGCCGAGUCUCGAGGAUUUGGUGUUCGACUCGCUGAGUCAAAUCGGCCAGGAAAGAAAUUCGAACAAUGACGAUGCUCUUUCCGAUGCCGAUUCCGUUAUCCUGAACGGCCCGGACAUCUUCGACUGCGAGAAUCAGGUGCGUUUCGUCAUGGAUUUGAUUCAUCAGCGAGUGGAACAAUCUCAGGUAAUGGGCCUCGAUUCACAUUUGGUUUCGGAGGCCCUGAAUGAAUCCGCCUUCGGUGCUAUUGACGAAGAAGACGAUCAUAAUGCCAUCAGGAGCUUAGAACUCGAUUUAGGGUUAGGGUUUGGUCUAGGCACGCGCGAUUAUUUUGGGGGGUUCCAGGAUGUAUACGCCAAUGAUGAUACCAGCAACAUUGAGUAUCAUUGCAAUACUGUUCUUGAUGAUAUUAUCGAAGACGACAUUUUCUUCAUCAACAGGAGGGUUUCUGGGCUUGAAUCUCGGGUUGUUGGGUUUCACUCGGAUUCAGAGUCGGAGGAGAACGAGAACUCUCUGCUAGCUCUAGAUUUUGGUUCUCAUGACGAAUAUGGAUUGGAUGAUGAUGUUCAUGUGGAAAGCGGUCACUAUGAUUAUGGCAAUGGAGAAGGUGAUGUUUUUGAUGAUGAUGAUGCGAGCAUUACGAUUCCCUUACGUUGGAACUCGCUUUCCUUGGAGGAUCAAAGAGAUCACGAGAAUGGAGAUUUCGAGUGGGAGGAAGUUGAUGGCCAUGUGGAUGAAAGAGAGGUCCUAAGCAUGUUUCUGGAAGAGGAUGAUGAGGUCGACGACGACGACGAUGAGGCCUCUGUAUCAUUCUCAAUCUCUCCAACCAUUUCUCCCGAGGAUAUGGUUAGUGUGGACAGGGUGGUCGGUUCGGGGAAUCUCGAGUGGGAGGUCUUGCUGGAUGCCACUAACUUGGGACCACUUCCAGACCCAGAUCAAGCAGCUCGAUACUUUGCUGGUGGUGGUGGUCACGACGAUGACUAUAUCUACACAGCAGACUACGAGACGGUGUUUGGGCAGUUUGCUGAGAUGGACACGGUGCUUACGACAGGUCAGCCCGCUGCUUCGAGAUUGGUGGUCGAGAGGCUUCCCUCGGUCGUGCUGACCAAAGAAGAUGCGGAGAGUGAUAACUCGACAUGUGCUGUCUGCAAGGACGACAUGAGUGCUGGGGAGAAAGCGAAGCUGCUGCCUUGCUCGCACUGGUAUCACGAGGACUGCAUUGUGCCUUGGCUUAAUAUCAGGAACACUUGCCCAGUUUGUAGGCAUGAAUUGCCUACUGAUGAUCCCAAUUACGAACGGAGGAAGAUGGUGGAAAGAUCGACUUCUGCUGCUUCUGCUUCUAGCCUUCAUCACCACGUGAUUACGAUGUGAUGCGAAGCGAUUAACCUCGUCGUUGUUUGCUGCUGUGGAAGUCCCAUUCCCAGGUUUACGGCAGAGGGUGUUAGUAUUUUUGUGUGUAUCCCCGUGUCAGAUAAGGAGUUACCGGCUUGCUUUUGUGACGAUUGCAGUAGUGGUACUAGUAAUAGAAGAAGAAUGCGUUUUACUGUAUUGACUUUCUGAAGGGCUUUUGUUUCUGUUUUUCGUUCUUGGUCGUGGAAUAAUGGGAGAAAUGGUUUGUUGUUCUUGAAUAGUUAUUAGCCUACGAUGAUUGAACGACUCAAUGUAAGCACAAGAAAAGUUUGUGAAACGUGAAAUUGUUGAAAGAGGUUUUGUAUGAUUAUUCAAAUGCAAGUUUUACUUUCACGAAUGAAGAUCGUGUGUGUUCAAUUUUUUUUUUUUUAAAGGAACUAUGUAAAGUAAGAUUUCUCGCAAGUAAACUAGUUAAGCACCUCACGUGUGAAACACCUAUGUUUUCGUACCAUA